AUGACGACAGUCACCCCGUUCCCAACCUUAGCUCCUCACAAGCUCGCCUCCGCCCUCCCAGCCCUCUCCUGCUCCCCGGCGCCUACCCCAAAACAAUCCGCCACCCACCCUUCAUCACCCACCCUCCCCCGCAACCUCACCCCUCCUCUCACCCUCGACACCCUGAUCACCCAACUCCACAAAGAACUCGAACACGGCGGCCUUUCCUCCUCCCAAGUCUCCGUCGAGCGCGUCCGCAACCUGAUGGAGACUUACUCCUCCUCCGCCGCCGAAUACCUCCCGUUCGCGCACUUUGAUUACUCGAAGCCGUAUACGCGCAAUUUGGUGGAUGAUGGGAAUGGUUUUUUCAAUCUGAUCGUGCUGUGUUGGACGCCCGGGAGGGGCAGUCCCAUUCAUGAUCACCCCAACUCGCACUGCAUCAUGAAAGUCCUCGAAGGCUCGCUCACCGAGACCCAGUACGAUUUCCCCAAACCUCACCACAGCGACGACGACUCCCGCGUCGAUAGCGGGAACGAGGACGGCGAGAACGAAGCAGACGACGGGUUGCGGUUGAAGAAGACGACGAGACUCGAGAAGAAUAGCGUGGCUUAUAUCAGUGACAAGAUAGGCCUGCACCGCGUCGCCAACUCCUCAACAACCCGUCCCGCCAUCUCGCUGCAUCUGUACACCCCACCCAUCGAGAUCUGCAAGACGUACUGUGAGCGGACGGGGGCGUCGCGCGCGUCGGGGAAGUGUGUGUUCUUUCGGGAUUUCUCGAAAAGAAAUGGUGUGGCGGCGGCGGUGGGUGGGGACGAGGGGGUUUGCUGUGUUGAGCAGGCUGGCGGGGUUGCGGCGGCCGGUGGGGUUGCUCCGUAA